AGCAGAAUAUUUUGGAGGCUCGUGUGUGACUGGAAAUUGACUGAGGGACUGUGCCUCUUCAUUGUGAUCAUUCAAGUCACUUUAUCAAACGUAAAGCUUUUGGCUCGUGCAAAUCAAGUAAGACUUUCAAAGGCUAGCCAUUUACAUCCCCAUGAUAAACUAACCCAUGCCAAGAUCUCUGCAGGUCAGACUGCUGAUUACUCUCUGCUGCCUGUUACUUGUAGGCCCACCAACCAUAUCUUUGAGACUCAGGUGCGGCCCCUUGGCUGCUACUACCCCAGGAUCCCUUCACUUCCCUCUCUGAGAAGCCCACCAACAAGGAGAGGACCAGAAAUUGCAGCUGGACUUUCUAACUUCAAAUGAAUAUUGAAGGCUCAGAUCCAGAUGUCUGGAUAUUGAUAUAAUAUAAUAUGUAAGGAUUGCCAUCGGUCUGUGGUUUUGCCGUCCAAGUGGGUCUGUGAAAUCUUGUUAGCUGCAUAAUCACACAAAUAACAUGGGCUGGAGAGGCUUAGCAAGGGUCCUUGAGAAUGUUCCUUCUCAGCUGGGCUACCAGCUGGCAGCCCUGGGGGUCUCUUCCCAUUUUCUGUUCCUUUGCCUCCCCCAUGGCUGAGCUGGCUGUGGCAGCAGAACCAUCCCUGUGGUUGCCCCUCCAGUCUCAGUGCAUUGUUACUGUGACACAGGACGAGUGGGAGUCUGCAGAUGCCAAGGUCAUACUCUCUGGAAUCAUAGGAUUAACAACUUGGAAACGGCCUAUGAUACUCCUGGUGAACCUCUUUGUGCUGCUCUCUGUGGUGUGUGUCCUCCUGAAUUUAGCCGGAUUUAUCCUAGGCUGCCAGGGGGCCCAGUUUGUGUCCAGUGUGCCCAGGUGUGAUCUGGUGGACUUAGGUGAAGGCAAGAUUUGCUUCUGUUGUGAAGAAUUUCAACCAGCCAAAUGCACAGACAAAGAAAAUGCCUUGAAACUCUUCCCAGUUCAGCCUUGUAGUGCUGUUCACCUUCUACUUAAGAAAGUCCUGUUCGCCCUGUGUGCCUUGAACGCUCUGACGACCACCGUCUGCUUGGUGGCCGCCGCCCUUCGCUACCUCCAGAUCUUCGCAGCCAGAAGAUCCUGCAACGACGAAUCCCAGAUUUCUGCAGAAGAAGUGGAGGAACACAGACGCAUCCCAGACCCCGAUGACUUUGUGCCGCCAGUGCCUCCCCCUUCCUAUUUCGCCACGUUUUACUCGUGCACGCCGCGGAUGAACCGCAGGAUGGUUGGUCCUGAUGUUAUUCCAUUGCCGCACAUCUAUGGGGCACGGAUCAAAGGUGUGGAAGUGUUUUGUCCUCUGGACCCCCCACCUCCCUAUGAAGCUGUGGUGAGCCAGACAGACCAGCAGCAGGGAUCUUCAUUCCGAAUGCCAGAUGGGCCAGAAGCUGCCACCAGCCCAUUGGAACCGAUCUGCAUACCAGUGACUCAAGGUGGGGGCAUUCCUAACACACCUGGAGAAGAAAGAGCAUGCCUCUCAACUCCCAACUCAAACCAGACACGCCCGGCGAGGAGCCGGGGAGCCCUCCAGCCCCUGAGGACGAGAUCCAGGAGUGACCCUGUGCUCCAUCAGUCAGCAGAGAGAGCCGCCCCCGUGCUCAGCUGUGAAGCUGCAACUCAGACUGAGGGGAGACCGGAUCCAACUGCGGUGACCUUGAGAAGAGGGUUGAGAUCCAGAGCUUCGAGAUGCCGACCGAGGUCUUUAAUAGAUUACAAAUCUUACAUGGACACCAAGCUGCUGGUGGCGAGGUUCCUGGAGCAGUCGUCCUGCAGGAUGACCCCGGACAUCCAUGAACUUGUAGAAAACAUUAAAUCUGUUUUGAAGUCCGAUGAGGAGCACAUGGAAGAGGCCAUUACGAGCGCCAGUUUUCUAGAACAGAUCAUGGCCCCAACACAGCCCGGCCUGCCCCAGGCCCAUGUGCUGCCCUCGCAGAGACGGCCUGGCCUGCUGCACCUGCGGAGCUGCGGGGACCUGAGCACCUUUGUC